UGUGAUCUUCAAGUAUUAAAUAACUGCAAGCAAUCCAUUUCAAGAGUAAUCCGGCGAAAGCCCAAGUCGGCAGCUAGCUGCAUUGUCCACCGCAAUCUCAAAGCUUCAGCUAGAAAGUUUCGGGCUUCUAAGCCCCUAAUGAAGAGCAAGUUUUAAUUUUAAUAGUGUACAAAAACAUGAUAAAACAAAUAAAAGACCAAGAAAUUGCUAACACAAAGGAAAUGGAGAACGAGAAGAUGAAGAAUCUCACUCUACCUCUUCCCUCUCUUUGUGCCAUGGACAUGGAGAACCAGAACCAGAACGAGAACUACCCAUCUACUGCUGAACCAAGCAACGUGGGGAACAAGAAGGAGAAGAAACUCAGUCUUCCCCAUGAGUUGAUCGUUGAAAUUCUGCUUCGGCUACCGGUGAGAUCUCUACUACGCUUUCGAAGGGUUUGUAAGUCAUGGUCCUCUCUCAUUAUUUCCGAUACCCAUUUCGCAAAAUCCCAUUUUGACCUGAAUGCUGCACCCACUGAUCGUCUUCUUCUUCGAUUUCUCGAUGAGGAUAGCGGUAGAGUUCAAUCCUUUGAUCUAGCUUCAUCACUUCAUGACCGUUCAACUGUCAAAACCCUCAGUGUCCCACCUCCAUCCAUGUUGUGUAAUCACAACCCUUUGUAUUUCUUAGGUUCAUGCAGGGGGUUUAUGCUUUUAGCCUAUCAGCAAAGCGAUGAUAUCAUUGUGUGGAAUCCAACAACCGGUUUCCAUCAACAACUUCCAGAUAUAGACUAUGAUUUCAUGUUUCUGUUUAUAUCUGGGUUUGGGUAUGACAGAUCAUCUGAUGACUACUUUGUUGUUGUUAUAACACUGUAUCGUCCUCAAACUGAAAUCCAUUGUUUUUCUUUGAAAAGUGAAUCAUGGUGUGACCUUAAAUAUGUUAAUAUUCAUUUUCAUGAUUGUGAGGAUCAUUCCGGACCCGGGCCCAAAGCCGGGGUAUUCUUGAAUGACUAUCUUCAUUGGCUGGUCGUUGAUAUGGAUACAGAGCUUCCUGUAGUUAUUGCCUUUGAUCUGGGAGAAAAGAGUUUAUCGGAGAUUUCUCUGUCGUCUGAAUUAGCAGCGGAAUUGGCACGGAAAGUGUAUUAUUUAAGGGUUCUGGGAGGAUGCCUCAGUCUGUGUUACUCAGGUGGACGUGAUGUGCAUGAGAGGGCUGAGAUAUGGGUCAUGAAAGAAUAUAAAGUGCAAUCUUCUUGGACCAAGGCUUUUGUUUUGACUAAUUCUUGUGAGGUUCCUUGCAAACACUUUUAUCCAAUAUGCUUCAUUGAAGGUGGUGGAGUUGUCGGAACAAAUGGCAGUGAAAGAUUGAUGAAAUUUAAUGCCAAGGGAAAGCUGCUUGAGCAUCUCAAAUAUGGUGUGAAGCGCAAACAUCGUCAAAAAUAUUUUCAUAUGUAUAGAGAGAGUCUGCUGUUUUUCCCUGGUGAGCAACAACAUCUUUGUGUAACUGAAGAUGAGGAAGCAGCUGAAGGUGAGAAAGCAAAAGCAACUCCAGAUGAGGAUGCUAGUGAAGAUGAGUAUGCAUCAGAAGAUGAGUAUUCAAGUACUGAAGAUGAGGAAGAGGAAGCAACUGAAGAUGAGGAUGCAACUGGCGACGAGGAAGAGAACUGAAGAUAACCUACCGUAACUGUCCAAGAAACUAAAAAAACUAGUUAACACUUAGGUGCCUUGGCAAUUCCUGAAUUUUAUUUUUUUAUAUGUUGUUCAAUGUUUUGGGUUGAAGUUGUGGAGAUAUUGUGGUCUUAACCAUAUGGGAGAGCUUAAAGAUGGGAUGGAGUGAAAGGGUUUAAACUUUAUACUAAUCAAGUUGUGAUAUAUUUGAUCUUGCGUGUAAUGGAUUCAACCACUUCCUCACAUUGAUCUAGUAUUUGAUAAGGUAUUUUUAUCAUAGUUUCAUGAUAUCCCUAAAGAUACUUUGUAGUUGUUUGUAUGCCUAUGUCAAGGAUGGUGCAAACUGCAAUGGAUGAAAAAAAGAGUUUCAGCUCUACUUGCUAA